AUGCUCGACAAAUUUCGAGAAGGCUUAGCUGCCGAGACACAUCCCACAGCAUCUGUAAAGAUGUUUGCAACAUAUGUCCGGCAGACACCAAAAGGCUCAGAGAUUGGUGAUUUCUUGGCAUUGGAUUUGGGUGGCACAAAUUUCCGUGUCCUGCAUAUUCAACUGGACGGACAGGACACUAAAAUGGAAAGCAAAAUUUUCCUUAUUCCGCAGGUGAUCAUGUCUGGGACUGGGGUGCAGCUCUUUGACCAUAUAGCCGACUGUAUUUACAAAUUCAUGAAAGAAAAUCGACUGCUAGACAAAGAGCUUCCACUAGGAUUCACAUUCUCAUUUCCAUGCCGACAGGAGGGCCUUGCUAAGGCUAUCCUCACCACCUGGACAAAAGGUUUCAAGUGUGAAGGUGUGGAAGGCAACAAUAUUGUCGAACUAUUACAUGCUGCCGUUAAGAGGAGAGGGGAUAUCAAAGUGAAAUGUGUGGCUGUGAUUAAUGAUACUGUUGGAGCACUCAUGUCCUGUGCUCACAGUGACAGGAAAUGUGCUGUUGGUAUCAUCCUUGGUACUGGUACCAAUGCUUGUUAUAUAGAGAACUUGGAUAAUGUUGAAGUCUGGAAUGAAGAUAAGAAUGAACCAAAAACGGUCAUAAUCAACACUGAAUGGGGUGCGUUUGGAGAUGAUGGCUGCAUGGAUAGAAUCCGAACUGAAUAUGACAGACAGGUGGACAAACAUUCCAUUAACCCUGGAAUGCAAAAGUAUGAAAAGAUGAUCUCUGGUAUGUAUAUGGGAGAAUUGGUACGCCUGGUUUUGGAGAAGCUUCGAAGACACAAUCUAAUUUUUUGCGGCAAAGGCUCAGAAGAUUUGUCUACACGAGGACGAUUUUAUACCAAAUAUGUUUCUGAAAUCGAAAGUGAUAUUGAUGAUGGUUUCAAAAAUACUAAGCAAGUAUUUGAAGAACUUGGCCUGGAACAUUAUUUGGUUGAGGAUUGCCGCAUAGCGCAGUAUGUUUGUUCACUGGUCUCGAGAAGAGCUGCAUAUUUGGCUGCUGCAGGCACAGCAGCAAUUCUUCAUAAAAUGGGUCGGCACGAGGUGACCGUAGCUGUUGAUGGCUCCCUGUACAGAUUUCAUCCGCAUUUCCACGACUUGAUGGUGGAGAAGAUCCAAGCACUAUGCCCAAACACAAGAUUUCGCCUGAUGCUUUCCCAUGAUGGUAGUGGUAAAGGAGCCGCCAUUGUUGCCUGCUGUGCCAGUUCAAACACUUCAAGCUCCCCUGCCGCCUCGAUGGCAAAUCUUCAUUUAGAAAAAUAG